AAGGGGUGUGUUUUCUUUCUCUCUUUUUUUUAGUGGGCUGGAUCUCCAGGAAAUGAGUAAGCUCAAAAGUCGAAUUAGUAAAGCUCUCCUUUUCAGAGGAACAGGCGUGGAGGAUGCUAGAGGAAAGGAGAGGGCAACGGGGACCGAGCCUUGAGCCGCCUAACCAUCCGGACCAACAAAAGCCAGGCAUUUGGGCCAGAAGAAGCUGGGCGCUGUAGGCAGAAGAGGAAUCACUGUUUUGGCAUUUCCAUGUAUGGACAAAGUUUGGUGAAGCAGAGUGGCACCUGAGAGGAAAGUUCUUUGAAAUGCCAGGAGGGAUCUUCCGGGUGUGUCUGGUGGUUAUCACAGCUUUUGUCAACCAUCCACUGCUCUUCCCAAAGGACAAUGUCACCAUCCUUGAAAACACAGAUGAAGUCAUUCAAAAGAUGAAAGAACGCGAAGAGAACCUAAGGAUGGAGCAACUUAAACUGGAGCAGGAGAUUGCCAUGCAGGAAGCAUUGGCAAAGUCUUCAGAACAGGCGACAGAGUCAGAAAAGCAAUACGAUCAUGAUUUUCUCCCUUGGAACCUCUGGACUGCUUUGUCAAUGAUGGUUUUCCUUCUGAUUGAGUUCUGGAGACAAGACUACCAGGAAGCAAACUGGCCAGAUUAUGCCAAUGAAGAAGAUGAAAUUAAUGUACUUGGGAAAGCAGUCAAGGGAGCCAUCUUGCCAGAGAAGGUCAUUUUGGCCAAUUUUCAUGAGAGGUGCCUCCAGACUGUAACCAGUGAUAUUGCAAGGAACCGAGAGCUUGUGGAAGGCUUUGCAGAUGACCUUUUAGAAGCCUUGAGGAGUGUGUGUAACCGGGAUGCUGACAUGGAAGUGGAGGAAUCCAUAGGGAUUGGGAGCAUGUAUGAAAACUGGAGGGCUCACAAACCUUUAGCAUGUGAUUUCAUUGUGCCCUUUACUCCUCCAGCACCAUAUUGUUUCCAGUUUGAGACCUGGUGUUCAGGAGAAUCAGUUGCACCUGACAAACAAGGUUGUGGUAUGAUAAAGAUCAGUUGGGCAGAUGAAGAUUCAACAGGCUGCAUAUGUGACAAGACAAAGCUGGGGGAAGAUUUGCUAUGCCUCCUUCACAGCAAAAUGAACCCACUGAAGCAGAAUAAUCAUGUGGAGGAUCUCCUUUGCUACAAAGACACCCGAUACCUUGAUGCUAACCAGGUCAUGACCUGGUUCCAGGUUGCACUUACCAAGGCUUGGAAUAAAAUUUCACACAAGUAUGAGUUCAGUCUUACUUUUAACCACAUUGAUGUACCUGGUGCCUUGAAAAUCAAGUUCAAGUCUGGAAAAACCAUCGUCUUUAACCUCACCCCUGUGGUACAAUAUGCUGAUUCUGAUGUCUAUUUCAUCUCCCAAUUCCAAAGCAGUAAUGUAUCAGAGGAACCCACUAGUAGCAUUCACUGGUUCCUCACAUUUGCAGUGUGUGAGAAGAGAUACAUUCAAUUUGUUUCUAAAACUCUGCCUGCCAACUCAUGCCAUCUUAGCUGUCUCCAGAUUCUCUCCUUCCUUCAUGGAAAACAGUGCAGUCUAACAGGACCAAGUGGCCUUACAAACUAUCACUUGAAAACAGUCAUGCUACAUUUACUGCAGAUCCAUCCCAGAAUGGACUGGGCCCCUGGAUUCCUGGAUGCCAGGCUAAAAGACAUGCUCAAAUAUUUGGAAAAAAGCCUGCAAGAAAAGAGACUUUACCACUUUUUCAUUGGAAAUAAAAACUUACCAGAGGAGUUGGGCAUCCCUGUGGGGCUCCAAAGGGCAGAACCUUUGAACCUGUUUCGUCCUUUUGUCCUGCAGCGAAGUGCUUAUAGAAAAACUAUGGACACAUUCCAUGAGAUGCUAAAGAACACAGCAGCUUUAAUAAAUGAGUAUACCAUGCAUGUUCCCAAUGGACGAGGAAUCCCACUAAAUAAGGAUCUUCUGUAACUAUAUCUGUGAAAGCUACUGUUGGGGCAGAGAUCUCCACAGGAGAGGAAUAUAGGAAUGCUUUGAGGACUGCAAAAGAGACCAAAGAUUUUAUAGAAGGGAUAUGCUUCUCUCAUUUUCUCCCAAUGUUGCUGGCUGGUAUUUAUGCAGCUCUUAAUGUUUUUAAUUUCUGAAGAUAGUUUUGUUGUAAAUAAUAUAAGCAAGAAAGAAGAAUUUAAUUUAUACAUAUAUCUUUAUUAAAUUUGUAAUUUGAAAAGCC